UCAUCUUUAUGAGACGCGCGUACUUCUCCAGAAGCAACUCGCUGGCUAGCUAACGAGCUUGUUUUUGUGUACAAGAAUGGCGACCUCUAAGAAAGGGAAGAAAGUUGUUAAUCAAGAGGAACUUCGACGGCUAAUGAGGGAGAAACAAAAGCAAGCCAGUGACAAGAAACGCGUCGAGUCUCCGUUUGCUAAAUACAACAGUCUCGGCCACCUCAGUUGUACCCUGUGCAAUGUGCAGGUGAAGUCCGAACUGCUGUGGUCGGCGCAUGUUCUUGGGAAACAGCACAAAGAAAAGGUUGCUGAGCUGAAGGGAGCAAAAACUCAACCGGUGACACCGCAGAGUCAGCCACUGAAGCGGAAAGCACCCGACGACGAGGACGUUAAAGGAAAAAAGGCGAAACCUGGUCAGCCUUCGUUAGGACUGCCAGGAAAUUUCUUUGAGAAACCCAGCGAGAGGGCAGCUGCUUCUUCACAGAAGACUGCAGGACUGAGCCUGCUGGCUGGAGUCUAUGAUGAGGACGAUGAUGAUGAUAAUGAAGCUACUGGGGAGACAUACAAACAUAACAGUGAACAGGUGGCCACACAUCCGCCUGCUCAGAAGGAUGAAGCUGCAGGACUACCAGCUGACUUCUUUGACAGCUCCAUCCCACCCACGCCUGCAAUCUCCCAUUCAGGCUCCAUCCUCAAAGCAGACGUUCAGGAAAAGAUCCCAGAGAAGAAAGACAACACAGCCGAGGCGCUCCCGGAGGGUUUCUUCGACGAUCCGGUUAGAGAUGCCAAAGUGCGCAACGUGGACGCUCCUAAGGAUCAAAUGGACAAGGAGUGGGAAGAGUUUCAAAAGGAGAUCCGACAGGUGAACACAAAGUCCGAGGCCAUCGUGGCAGAAGAAGACGAGGAGGGGCGACUUGAACGUCAGAUUGAUGAAAUUGAUGAACAAAUUGAGUGUUACAAGAGGGUGGAAGUACUGAGGGACAGACGGGAUGUGGUGAAGAGCAAGUCUCUGCCCAGAAAGCAGGAACAAGUGGACACUGGCGACAGCACUGAAGAAGAAGAGGAGGAGAAUGAAGAGGAGUUGCUGGGGCUUUUGUCGCAGGACUGGAGAGCCAAAGGAGCUCUGGCCUGACUUUCUCUUGAUAUGUGUGACUGACCUCAGUUUUAUUCAGAAUAUUGUUAUAGCCUUCCUCAAGGUGGAUGCCAAUUUGUUCCAGUUUCCAAAAACUGUGAAGUUUGUGAAAAUGUCUAUCAAAUCUUUCUCCCUUUGUAUAUUUCAGACUGGAUUGGAUAUAAUUCUAGUAAAAGACCUGAGUGCCACAGACACAUGAGAAUUGCCACUUUGUCUUAUGACACAUGGGAAUCCAACAAUCAAACCUUUAACUGUAUGUUUAUUCAUUGGUGCUCAAACAAAGACAUUCAUAAAAUCUCUCAUUUACAUACAGUAGCAGCAUGGACCCAAAAUCUAUGCAAUGGCGACCAAAGCCAGCUAACCCAUGUCCCGCAAAAACAAUUAGUCGCCUACGUUAAGUUAUAAAUAAUGCGUUCAUGUUACAUAAAAAGGAACAUGCAAAGCACAACAGAAUUAAAAAAUGCAACAU